CACUGACAGUUGUGUAAACAAGAAGAAAAUACAAGUUCACCCGUUGUGGUGUUUUAUGUUUAUUUUCGAUUUGAUAUAAAAAAAAAAAAAUAGAUUAUUUAAGGUUCUACAGAAAAAAAAAAAAUGAAAUAUAUUACGACAGUUAUUCAUAUUCUUUUUUUAUUUGAUGCGUGUUUUUCUACUUUGUCUCCACCAACUGAUAAGAAGGGCCAGAAAGGAGUUAAAACACAGGAAGGACCGAGGAAAAACAAUGUUUUAGACCGAAAACUGGUACUCGAGACUCCUCUAGUGAAGGAUAUAAUUAAAUACCAUGCAACGUAUCACCAGGAUUUAUCUACAAGUCAUUUUAACAAUCCUGUUCUAGGUUAUGUCACUCCUUGGAAUAAUAAAGGCUAUGAUGUAGCGAAAACAUGGGCUCCUAAAUUUAAUUACAUAUCUCCUGUAUGGCUGCAAAUCAAGCGGCAGGCUCCAAAUAUUUAUAUAAUUUCUGGUUUGCAAGAUGUUGAUCAUGCGUGGAUGAAAGCCAUUAAACAAAAAGGGUCUGCCAGUAAUUUAAAAGUACUACCAAGAAUUAUCUUCGAAAAUUGGCAAGUGUCUGAUCUUAAAGCAUUCUUCCUGGAGCCUUCUUUACAUUCCGAACAGAAAGCUUUAAUAGAAGAGAUAAAGAAAUCAUGUAAACAAUGGAAAUUUGAUGGUGUAGUUUUAGAAAUGCUCUCUCAAAUUGGGAAAUUUGCUGAUAAGUCUGUAAAGUUUAUACAACAGUUUGGUUCAGAGAUGAGUGAUGACAAUUUAAAAUUGAUUCUAGUCUAUCCACCGUUCCGUGGAUAUCCUAAUGAUGAGUUCUUCAUUCAGGCAUUUAAUGAUAUUUAUCCAUAUGUGGAGGCAGUAUCUGUAAUGACUUAUGAUUUUUCUAAUCCUCAGAAGCCAGGUCCUAACGCACCUUUGUAUUGGAUGAGACUUUGUGUUGAAAAACUGAUUGAUAAUGAUGAAAAUUCUGUUAAACGACUCAAAAUUCUUCUUGGUUUAAACUUCUAUGGAAAUUCAUACACUGCCAAUGGAGGAGGACCUAUUGUCGGCACAGAAUACAUAGAAUUAUUGAAAAAUGCAAAAAACAAUCAAGCCUUAUCAUAUAAUAAUAAUACAGCUGAGAAUUAUGUGGAAAUUCGGACAUCACAAGGUACGAAGAAGAUAUUUUAUCCAACUUUGUAUUCCAUUCAAAAAAGAUUAGAUUUGGCUCGAGAAUAUGGAACAGGAGUGGCGAUAUGGGAACUGGGACAGGGACUCGAUUAUUUCUAUGAUUUAUUCUGAUCAAUUGUGAUAUUACCUUUAAGUUAUUAAUUUAAUUAAAUUAUGUAUAAAUUGCAAA